AGACUGCUCCUGAUUUCUUCGUGUGAUGGAGCAGUGAAGAGUGUCUCUCACUUUGAUCAACUGCGCUCACACGUAAGGCAGGAUGGAUGUGAACUUCACACUGUCAGAGCGCGAGCUGCUCGGCUUGGACGCGCUGGCGCACAGGUUAUUUGGCCACGAUAAUCAUUCACUUUUCCUGAUUAAUAAUCGGACCGCUGACUCUGAAACGGAUAAGGUAGACUUGGAUGUCAACACGGACAUUUACUCCAAGGUUUUUGUCACUGUGAUCUACGUGGUUCUGUUCGUCGUGGGCAGUCUGGGUAACUCCAUCACUCUGUACAUCCUGCUGACCAAAAAGACUCUGCAGAACCUGCAGAGCACAGUGCACUACCACCUGGCGAGCCUCGCUGUUUCCGACCUGCUGAUCCUCAUCCUGUCCAUGCCCAUCGAGGUGUACAACUUUAUCUGGUUCCACUACCCCUGGGUGUUCGGGGACGCGGUGUGCAGAGGUUACUACUUCCUCCGGGACAGCUGCUCCUACGCCACGGCUCUGAACAUCACCAGCCUGAGCGUGGAACGCUACAUGGCCAUCUGCCACCCGUUUAAAGCUAAGAGCAUAAUGUCUCGCAGCCGCACCAAGAAGCUCAUCAGUGCCAUGUGGCUCGCGUCCUUCGCUCUCGCCACGCCGAUGCUCUUUAUCAUGGGACAAGUGGUGCGUAAAGGCGAGAAGAUAUGCACUACAAUUUUCCAUGAUGUUACAAUGAAGACGGUGUUUCAGGUCAAUGCCUUUCUGUCUUUUGUGGUACCCAUGGUGGCCAUAUCUGUACUAAAUGGGAUUAUUGCCAGUCAACUGCUACGGAUGUUCAGAGAGGCAGAAAAAGACAAUCGCAUCUGCAUUGUAGGGGGAAAUCCCACCAUGUUGAAUGUUACCACGGAGUCCAACCGCACCCAAUCUCUCCGCCAUGGUGUAAUUGUACUUCGAGCAGUUGUCAUAGCAUUUGUGGUGUGCUGGCUGCCCUACCAUGCUCGCCGCCUCAUGUUUUGCUACGUUUCAGAAUGGUCUGAUGAUUUGUAUGACUUCUACCACUAUUUUUACAUGCUGACCAAUGUCCUGUUCUACGUCAGCUCAGCCAUCAACCCGGUCCUCUACAACCUGGUAUCGGCCACAUACCGCCAGACCUUCUUCUCCACACUGCGAUGCAUCUGUAUGCCCUGCCGCCAAAAACCCAGGAGGCAUUCCUGCACUCUGACCCGCCACUCCGUCAGCAUGUCCAGCAACCACACGCUCUCCACUAACAUGAUCAAAGAGACAGUGUACUGAAACAUACAAGCUUUUCUCAUAACAUCCACCAGCUAUCACAAGGUGUAGUUACAGCUGGCUUGAUGAAGAAUGUACCUGGUUCAGUUUGGGACAAUGGCAUUUCGACAAGCGGAUGCUCCUUUGUAAAUAUCACAGUUUUUUGGUGAAAUCACAAAACUAUGACAUAUGAAAUACGAAAACGUGAAAGGAUGAGAGGAAAAGAGCACUUUUAAAAAGCAAACAGAAUAUGGAAAUAUUAUAAAAGUUGUGUACAUCUUUUUAAUCAACCAUUCGUAGAUUACUUGCUUGGUGUAAAUGACUGCUGUUUCAGUAUCUCUAAACAUGGCAGUAGAGAAGUAAUGAUGAUCUUCAUGAUCGUUUCUAUGUAAUAUUAACUUUUAUUGUGAAAAAUGUGGCAUGGCCGAUGAUAUCAAUUAAGCAUCUUCAAUUUCAAAUGUUUGGCCAAUGAUAUGUAUUUAGAGUUAUAGUAAAUUUCAAGAAUUACUUAAACACACGGGGAAAUUAAACAAUCACUUUUUGAUCAUGUUAGCCACUAUGAUAUUUUCUUUUUGUCUGCUGAAAACUGGCAGUAUUUUCACUGCAAUGUACUCUAGUAAAGGUUCACUUAUACUCCAUUUAUGCAUGUAAAUAUAUCCCAGAAAUUUAAAUGAUGUAACUGCCACUGCAAUGCAUCCACUAGAGGGCACUGCACAGGCUCAAACGUUUUUGACAUGAAAUGAGGCAGCAGU